GUCUCCUCAGCCUCCCGACCAAGGCUCUUACCAACUCUCUCUCAUCUCACUUUCUCGACGCAUACUCUCUCACUUCUCUCUCUCUCUGCAUCCAUCCAUGGCGACGAUCCAGAGCAUUAAGGCUAGGCAGAUCUUCGACAGCCGUGGCAAUCCCACCGUCGAGGUCGAUAUCAUACUGUCCGAUGGCACUUUGGCCAGAGCCGCUGUUCCAAGUGGUGCAUCCACUGGAGUUUACGAGGCCCUUGAGUUGCGCGAUGGAGGUAAAGACUACCUCGGAAAGGGUGUAUCGAAGGCUGUGAACAAUGUCAACUCAAUCAUCGGCCCUGCUUUGAUCGGCAAGGACCCAAGUGAACAGACUGCUAUUGACAACUUCAUGGUUCAACAGCUCGAUGGAACUGUUAACGAGUGGGGUUGGUGCAAACAAAAGCUUGGUGCAAAUGCCAUUUUGGCCGUGUCUCUUGCAGUCGCCAAGGCUGGCGCUAGCGUCAAGAAAAUUCCUCUGUACAAGCAUAUCGCCAAUCUUGCUGGCAACAAGAACUUAGUUUUGCCUGUUCCUGCUUUCAAUGUCAUCAACGGUGGAUCGCAUGCAGGAAACAAGCUUGCAAUGCAGGAGUUCAUGAUUCUUCCUGUUGGAGCUUCCUCAUUCAAGGAAGCCAUGAAGAUGGGCGUGGAAGUAUAUCACAACCUUAAGUCUGUGAUUAAAAAGAAGUACGGUCAGGAUGCAACCAAUGUUGGUGAUGAAGGUGGAUUUGCUCCUAACAUCCAGGAGAACAAGGAAGGUCUUGAAUUGCUCAAGACAGCCAUUGAGAAGGCUGGAUACACCGGCAAAGUUGUCAUUGGAAUGGAUGUUGCUGCAUCUGAGUUUUAUGGAUCAGAUAAAACCUAUGAUCUGAACUUCAAGGAAGAGAAAAAUGAUGGUUCCCAAAAGAUCUCAGGAAAUGCUCUAAAGGACCUCUACAAGUCAUUUGCAAGUGAGUACCCUAUUGUUUCAAUUGAAGAUCCAUUUGACCAAGAUGACUGGGAACACUAUGCCAAAAUGACAGCUGAAGUUGGAAAAAAAGUACAAAUUGUGGGAGAUGAUCUGUUGGUCACCAACCCCAAGAGGGUUGAGAAGGCAAUCAAGGAGAAAUCUUGCAAUGCUCUUCUUCUCAAGGUGAAUCAAAUUGGAUCCGUAACUGAGAGCAUUGAGGCUGUUAGAAUGUCCAAGAAAGCUGGAUGGGGUGUGAUGGCCAGCCACCGCAGUGGAGAAACCGAGGAUACCUUCAUUGCUGAUCUCUCCGUGGGUUUGGCCACGGGACAAAUCAAGACAGGAGCUCCCUGUAGGUCGGAGCGUCUUGCCAAGUACAACCAGCUCUUGCGAAUUGAGGAGGAGCUCGGUUCAGAGGCAGUGUAUGCCGGAGCCAAGUUCCGCGUGCCUGUUGAGCCCUAUUAGAUUAUGAAGUGCUUCCAAAGCUUUUGCGGGAUGUGAGAAAUCGGAGUUUCACAACAUAGGGAAUAGUUAUGUGGAACUUGAAACCCCUUUUCCAAUAAUUUUCAGAUAAGUUUUGUUCUGAGAGCUUGAAAACAGUGGUCUACUGGAAAUUUUCGAGUAAGCAUGAUCGACUAUGUACUCUGUUUUGAGUUGUUUUUUUUCUAGUGUUUGCUGCUACUUAAUUUUUGGUAAUCGUUUUGUGAAUGUGCUGUGUUUAAGAACAAGUUUUCGUCUUCUGCUUCA